UAAUUGUGUGCCGAUAAUUAUCAGAUUUACUUCGAAAGUCAGUCAAGAUGAAAUUCGCAGCUUUCAUUGUUCUCAUCGCCGCCCCAGGCUUUCUCUGUAGUGUAAGCAACUCCAGAGACAUUUUCGCCUCUGUGACCGUUCAAGAACAACCAUCCAUCUUGCCAGGAGUCUUCCCAAUUGUGCCAGAAACCAAACCAGCCGUUGUCGACCCAUGCGAAACUAUUGUCCCAGAAACUAAACCAGUACCAAUUGAAGACGUUGUCGUCCCAGAAACCAAACCCAUACAUGUACUUCCCAUUGAAGUCAUUGAAGCACCCGAAGAGAAACCAUCCGUCACUCCAGAAUUGAGACCAUUGCCCGCUGUUGAUGUUGCCAACCCAGUCACUGUUUACAGUGACAGAGUCUGCGUCAACGCCAAUUAUGUAAAGGGAUUGUUGGCACAAAUCAUCGCCCAAAAUGAAAACAACAAGAUCACCCACUAAGGUUUUCCAGUUCAAAAUCUAAUUCCAAAUUCAAAAAAAAGAAAAAAAAAGCGAUAUGUACUUUUAUUAUUAAUAAACAUUAAUCAUUGACUUCA